UCUAGUAGGGCAGAGCGUUCCCAAACCAGCUAUGUAUUACUGGUUGCCUUCUUACAGGCGCGCUUUACCGUACAUGAAGAGGCGAAGGAGAGAAGAAAUGUGGCUUAUCACGGAAGUCAAAACUCAACCGUGACAAUGUUACGUUCAUUAGUUCUCAAAAAAGCGAAAAUGAAUGGUCAGGAUAGAAACGGAAAACGUCCAAUACAUAUUGCACAUGAAGAAGGGCAUUUACAUAUAGUAAAACUAAUAGCGCAAAUCGACGUUUUGGAUAAAGACGGCCGGCUGCCCCUUCAUUAUGCUUGUGAACGUGGACAUAUAGAUGAAGUAAACUUACUGGUAAUGAAUGGAGCAAAAUUAAAUCUUCCUGACGAAAAGGGUGCGCUACCGAUUCAUUAUGCGUGUCAAAAAUGGCACAAAAAUAUUAUAGAAUUACUGGUAAAAAAUGGUGCCAAAAUUAAUGUUCCGGAUGGAAAUGGUCGAUUGCCGCUUCAUUAUGCUUGUGAACGUGGAGAUUUAGAUAUAGUAGAUGUACUGUUAGAGAAUGGUGUGAAAUUGGAUGUUUCCGAUGCAAAUGGCCAGUUGCCGCUCCAUUACGCUUGUGAACAAGGAUAUUUCAAUAUAGUAGACGUACUGUUAAAGAAUGGUGCUAGAGUUGACGUUCCGGACGGAGAUGGUCGACUGCCGCUUCAUUGUGCUUGUGAACACGGACAUUUAAAUAUGGUGAAAUUACUAGCAACGAAUGGAGCGAAAUUGGAUAAUCCAGAUAGAGAUGGUCGGCUACCAAUGCACUAUGCAUGCAAAAAUUGCUCGAAGGGGUAUAAUAUAAUAUUAUUUUUGCGAAAAAAAGGUGAGAAAGUGGAUGUUCCAGAUGAAAAUGGACGACUGCCGAUACAUUAUGCUUGUGAACGCGGCAACUUAGAUAUAGUAGAAUUACUUACAAUAUAUGGGGCGAAAUUGGAUGUUUCGGACAAAAAUGGUCAACUACCCAUGCACUACGCGUGCCAAAAUUCUUUGAAGGGAUAUAAUAUAGUAUUAUUUUUGCGAGAAAAAGGUGCAAAAAUGGAUGUUCCGGAUGGAAAUGGUCGACGACCGAUACAUUACGCUUGUGCACAUGGACGUUUAAAUAUGGUAAAAUUACUGGCAACCAAUGGAGCGAAAUUGGAUAAUCCAGACAACGAUGGUCAGCUACCAGUGCACUAUGCGUGCAGAAAUUAUUUUAACGAAUGUAAUAUAAUUUUAUUUUUACAAGAAAACGGUGCGAAAGUGGAUGUUCGAGAUGGAAAUGGUCGGCUACCGCUGCAUUAUGCUUGUGAAAGCGGAACUUUAGAUAUAGUAAAGUUAGUGUUAAAGAAGAAUGCGAAAGUGAAUACUUCGGAUGGAGGUGGUCGGCUGCCGAUCCAUUACGCGUGCAAGAAUUACUUGAGAGGAUAUCAUAUAGUAUUAUUUUUGAUAAAAAGAGGUGCGAAAGUGGAUGUUCCUGAUGCAGAUGGUCUGUUGCCGAUUCAUUAUGCUCGUAAACAUGGGCAUUUGGAAACAAUAAAACGACUGGAAAAGAAAAGUGCGAAAGCCUAGAAAUUACUGCUAACAGAUGGUGUAAAAGUUGACGUUCUAGAUGAAGAUACUCAAUUGUCGAUUCAAACGUGUGAAAUAGUAAGAUUUUUGUUAAAAAAACAUUCACAUAACGUAAUAUCGACAGUUAAAUGGAGAUCUAAUGAAAUUUAAUACUGUAUGAACAAUAAACACACAUUAACUACUAGAUUUAAAUAGGCGCCUUAAUUUUUUUUUAUAUACUUUUUCAAGCUUGUGUUAUACGUUUUUAAAGAUUUAUUAAAUUUAAUUUACAUUAAAUGUGAAAAAGCCAACCCAACAAUGACAACUCUUAUAAUCUAAGUAACUAACCGCGGCGCGCACAUGACCAACACCCAUUGUGGGGAACUGUAACAUAGAAAACCUUAAUCAACCAUCGAAAAUUAUUGAAUUUCAAGUGUAAAUUUAAUUAAAACUAAAAAAAAACAAUAUGCACACUUAAGGUUAUAAAUAUUAAGAGCCAUUUUUAAAAAUGAGUAGACGAAUGCCCAGUUAUUUCAGCGGUUUGAAACAUGUUUAUGCAGAAUGUAAUUAUUUUUGAGACUGUAAGUAUAAUAUAAUGAACUCAAAUGUUUGUAAUGUAGAAUUAAACGAUUU